AGCCCGCAGAGCGCGAGUGCGAGAGACCGCGCGCCCGCCGCCGCCACGGGAGCCUGGGGGCCUGGGAGCCGACGACCGAAUCAUGUGGCUGGAAAUUCUCCUCACCUCCGUGCUGGGCUUUGUCAUCUACUGGUUUGUUUCCCGGGACAAGGAGGAAACGUUGCCUCUUGAAGAUGGGUGGUGGGGGCCUGGGGCGAGGCCCGAAGCUGCAGAGGACGAGAGCAUCCGCCCUUUCAAGGUUGAGACUUCCGAGGAGGAGAUCGAGGACUUACACCGGAGGAUCGACAGGGUCCGUUUGACCCCACCUUUGGAGGACGUGCGCUUCCAUUUUGGCUUCAACUCCAAGUACCUGAGGAAAAUCCUUUCCUACUGGCGGAAUGGCUUCGACUGGAGGAAGCAGGUGGAGAUUCUCAACAGAUACCCUCACUUCAAGACGAAGAUUGAAGGGCUGGACAUCCACUUCAUCCACGUGAAGCCCCCCCAGCCGCCAUCGGGCUGCACCCCGAAGCCCUUGCUGAUGGUGCACGGCUGGCCCGGCUCCUUCUACGAGUUUUAUAAGAUCAUCCCGCUCCUGACCGACCCCAGGAACCACGGCCUGAGCGAGGAGCACGUUUUUGAAGUCAUCUGCCCUUCCAUUCCCGGCUACGGCUUCUCGGAGGCAUCCUCCAAAAAGGGCUUGAAUUCAGUGGCCACGGCCAGGAUCUUUUAUAAGCUGAUGCUGCGGCUGGGCUUCCAGGAAUUCUAUGUUCAGGGCGGGGACUGGGGGUCCCUGAUCUGCACCAACAUGGCCCAGAUGGUGCCCAGCCACGUGAAAGGCCUGCACUUGAACAUGGCUUUCGUUUUAAAUCCCGGCACCCUGACCCUUCUCCUGGGACGGCGUUUCCCGAGGCUUUUCGGCUACACCCAGAGGGAUAUAGAGCUGCUGCACCCCUUCAAGGAGAAGGUUUUCUACAGCUUGAUGAGGGAGAGCGGUUAUAUGCACAUCCAGUGCACCAAACCCGACACCGUGGGCUGCGCUCUGAAUGACUCUCCUGUGGGCCUAGCUGCCUAUAUCCUGGAGAAGUUCUCCACCUGGACCAACCCGGAGUUCCGAGACCUAGAGGACGGAGGCCUGGAGAGGAAGUUCUCCCUGGACGACCUGCUGACCAACGUCAUGCUCUACUGGACGACGGGCACCAUCACCUCCUCCCAGCGCUUCUACAAGGAGAACCUGGGCCAGGGCUUCAUGGCCAACAAGCAUGACCGGAUCAAGGUCCACGUGCCCACAGGCUUUGCUGCCUUCCCUUGUGAGUUAAUGCACGUGCCAGAAAAGUGGGUGAAGUUCAAGUACCCGAAACUCCUCUCCUACUCCUACAUGGCCCGUGGGGGCCACUUUGCCGCCUUUGAGGAGCCGGAGCUGCUGGCCCAGGACAUCGGCAAGUUCGUGGGGCUGCUGGAGCAGGGCUGAUGGCCGCGGGGCGGGCUGCCCCCC